UACCUGACAAUUAAUUCCUUGCCUAAUCACACACGCAUGUUUUCUUCCUGUUCAUUUAUUAUAUUUGGAUAUAGCAAAAAUAUCUAAUUUUCAUAUAUUCUACUCUUCCCAAACAUUUAUAACAGGUUAAAUGGAAUUGGUAUCUGCUGUUCUGAAGGAAUACAGUGGCUCGGUGAAUAUUCCAUUGGAAAUUAACCUUCUACAGCAGCUUCUGCCCGAUUUAGCUAGGCAAGAACGGAUACUAAAAUUAAAAAUGAAGAGAUAUGAAUCAACAGACGAGUGCAUACAACUGAAAAAGGAACUAGGUGCUGUAAAAAAUAGCCGAUGCAAGUAUUCCAGAUUGACGCGAAAGGUCGCCUUAAUUAGAAAACAAUACAAGUACCAUCCAAAAAAGAAAAUUAUUCAGCUUCUACGUUUCAUGCGAAGAUUCACAAAGUUGAUGAAGAUGACAAACAUCUCAAGGAGACAUGUUCCGAUUCAUCAAAAUGGCCACUACACAACAACUUGGAAUUUUGGCCCCCCAACGUACACAUGCCAAUAUUGUGGAGCCCUUUUAUGGUAUGAAGAACGGACAAGAAAAACUGUGCAGCCCACAAAUCCUAUAUUCUCAUUUUGUUGCAUGGAAGGAGGCCGUGUACAACUGCCGUUAAUGAGUGAACCACCACCUUAUCUGAAGUAUCUUUUGGGAACAGAAUCCGGACAAUUAGGUAUCGACUUUCGUAGAAAUAUCAGGGUUUACAACUCAAUAUUUGCCUUUACAUCUAUGGGAGGCCGAAUUGAUGGAUCUAUCAAUCACUCAAAAGGGCCAUACGUUUUCAGGAUGAGUGGGCAGAAUUACCAUCGCAUAGGCUCUUUGUUGCCUGAAAUUGGUAAAAACCCCCAGUUUGCUCAGCUAUAUAUAUAUGAUACUGAAAAUGAGAUAAAUAAUAGAAUGAAUUGUCUCUUGCAAGAAGAAAUUGAUCCAAAAAUUGUUGAAGCCUUAUCUGAAAUGCUGGACAACCACAAUAUUUUGGUAAAAUCAUUUCGAAUGGCUAGGGAUAGAUAUAGAGAGCAUCCUGAAUCUGUGUUUCGGUUACGACUCAUAUCUAACAGGACAAGAGAUGGUCGACAAUACAAUAUGCCAACAACUUCAGAAGUUGCAGGAUUAAUCGUUGGUGAUGUUACUGAAGAAAACUUCCAGCGAGAUAUUAUUGUAGAACAUCGAAAGAAUGGGCUUCAAAGAAUUACAGAUUUACACCCAAGUUUCAUGUCUAUGACAUACCCAUUAAUACAUCCGUAUGGCGAAGAUGGAUACAGACCUGGAAUUCAAUUGGCAGAUAUGAACAACAAAAGUUACAAGCGUCAAAAUUUGUCAAUGAGAGAGUUUUAUUGCUUCAGGAUACAACAAAGACUUAACGAGGGCCAAACUCUCUUAGUAGCUGGUAGACUAUUGCAACAAUACAUUGUUGAUGCUUACAUGGCAAUAGAGGAAGAAAGGUUUCGUUAUAUUCGGAAUAAUCAAAAAAAACUCAGAGCUGAUCUUUACUCUGGCUUAAUGGAUGCCAUACUCCGAGGUGAUUCAGAUUGUUCAAUGAUAGGGAAAUCUGUUAUCCUGCCUUCAUCGCACACUGGGGGGCCUCGAUAUAGGGCACAAAAUUAUCAAGAUGCAAUGGCAAUUUGUAGGUGGGCUGGGUAUCCAGAUUUGUUCCUCACUUUCACUUGCAAUCCUAAGUGGCCAGAAAUAAAUGCAAUGCUUAGUUUACUAGGGCAGCAAGGCGAUGAUAACCGGGUGGACAUUAUAUGCAGAGUUUUCCAGAUAAAAUUGUUCCAACUAAUGCAAGAUCUGAAAAAGCAACAACCAUUUGGGAAAACAAUCGCAUGUAAGUUCAAAUUUAUACAUACCCAUUGA